UGUGCUUGUCCGUGUGAAAAGGGAAGUCAACUGUUUAAAAUGGAUUACAAAAAAUUUCAUGCUCAAUAUUUAGAAGAAGGAUGCAUAAAGAUAGAAAACUUCCUAACUUCAGCGGAAGUCGAGGAACUGAGAAAAGGAGUUUCUGAAGCAGUUAAAAAUAUGCCAGAAGAAAAUAGCCCAGUAUUUUCAGUAUAUGGAGCAGGAAAAAGCAGGGCAGCAGAUGAAUACUAUUUAAGCUCAGGGGACAAGAUUGGAUAUUUUUUUGAAAAUGACGCCUUUGACAUGAACGGGAAGUUAAUUGUUGAAAAGAAAGAAGCUCUCAACAAAAUAGGAUAUGCUCUUCACUGGUGGAAUCCGUUUUUUAAGAAACAUACAUUCAGCCAGAAAAUAAAAGACUUGUUACGUAACUUUCAAUACAAAGACCCCGUCAUCGUUCAGAGCAUGAUCAUCUUUAAGAAACCAAAAAUAGGAGAAAUAGUGCGUCCACACCAGGAUUCUACUUUCCUGUAUACGGAACCUCCCACUUGCAUUGGCCUCUGGUUCCCCUUGGAGGAUGCUACAUUAGAGAAUGGAUGUUUGUGGUUUGUUCCAGGAUCGCAUAAAGAAGAAAUUCACCAAAGAUUUGUUCGAAAUCCAACUGAAGACCCAUUGCUGAUUAUGAAAGGGAAAGUGCCAGAUUAUGCUGACGAGGAAUAUGUUUCUGUUCCGGCUAAAAAAGGUGAUUGUGUCAUUAUCCAUGGAUCUGUUGUUCACAAAAGUGGGAGGAAUACUACUAAGGUGGCUCGUACAGUUUACACAUACCAUUUGGUGGAGAAAGAGGCUGAGUGGAGUAAGGAGAACUGGUGUCAACCUACAGAAAGACUGCCCUUUCCUUCCAUAUAUCACAACUAGAUUUGUAUUAAUGAACUGAGCUUUCAAAGAAAUGAAAACACAUUUAUCGAUGCAAUUAGACUAUCCCCCCCCUCCAAAUAAUGCGUG